GAGAAGAAAGCGCACUAGAGAGAGUGUGAGAGAGAGAGAGAGAGAGAGAGAGAAAGGGAGGUCAUACAUGGCCUCAUAAAUCAUUGAUCUGCUCGUUUUAUGCUCAGCAUCUUCCUUAUAGUUUUCUAACAGGUGUGAGCUCGCUCCUCUCGGAUUCCCCGUUUAACUGGACCUGUUCACAGGGACACAGUGAUCAAGUGAAGUUCAGUGAGACAGGACUGUAGAGGAACCUAUUACACCUGGCGCAUUCAGAAGACAACCAAUGGAUCCGAUUGUUGAGGCGGUGGCUCUGCUGCUGGGCUUUUUGGGCUGGGUUAUGGUAGGGGUCGCCAUACCGAACCGUUACUGGAAGACUUCCACCGUGGACGGAAGCGUGAUCACCACCUCGACUCUGUAUGAGAACCUGUGGAUGUCCUGCGCUUCAGACUCGACCGGAGUCCACAACUGCCGUGAGUUCCCCUCACUGCUCGCGCUCUCCGGUUACCUUCAGGCGUCGAGGGCUCUCAUGAUUGCUUCUGUUGUUCUCGGUUCAUUUGCCCUGGUUACCACACUUAUAGGCAUGCAGUGCUGCAAAGCAGCUGAGGACAAGCCGGUUCUGAAAGGCAAGCUUGCAGGAAUCGGAGGUGUCUUCUUCAUCCUACAAGGCUUCUGCACAAUGAUAUCUGUGUCCUGGUAUGCUUUCAACAUCACCCAGGAGUUCUUCAAUCCACUUUACCCAGGAACAAAGUAUGAGUUAGGAGAGGGAUUGUACAUUGGAUGGUGCUCUGGGAUUCUUGCCAUCUGUGCUGGAGUGUGUCUUGUGUUUUCCUGCAAAACUGACACAGAAGAAAAGCCAGCGUAUGCAUAUCAACCUUCUAGGGGAACCAUAUACUCUGCAGGAGCAACGUCAAGAAGAGAUGCUCCAAGCACUUAUGACAAGAAUGCAUAUGUCUGAUACACGAUCAAACAACCGACCAGACCAGUACAGGUCAAUUCAGUGAAUGAAAAAUUAUAAACAACCUUGGUUUGUUCAUGUUCAUUUGUUUAGAGUGCAAAUAUGUAAAUAUGUCCACUUGUACAUUACUUGGAAACAUUGUAUGUUGGUUGGAAUCAAAUGGUUGGAAGCUGUGCUAAUUUUAUGCUUGUACUUAAAGCAAGUGAACCCAUGUAUUUAAAAACAAAACAAACAAAUCUGUUAUACAGAAAUGCCUUGAAAUAAUGCUAUAGUACUUUUAUACAGAUUUUGUAAUAUUUUUAAUUACACAUUCAUAUUUAUGUGUAAUGUACAGGAAUACUGAUGUUUUGAAUGUGAUUUUGUAAAAGAAAUGGUCAUUUACAAUAUAGAGAAUAAUCCUGUUAAAUUAUUCGCAAUAUGUAUGAUUUCAUGACACAUUCAUAUAAAUGAAGGUCAACAAUUCAUAUUACAUUAUGUGUUUAUGUCUUGUUUUAUAGCUACAGUUGUGAAAUAAAUGCAAAACAAUUUUAAA